AUGGAUCACCCAGAACCAGAGAACAGCCCCUUUACGGCCGUUUCUGCGCAAACCUCAAAGUUGAGAAGACAAUAUCAAGCAUAUCUCGAUGCGUCGACCCCAUAUACCAUGUACCGAUGGGUAGGCACCGGCGUCAUCCUCCUACUCUUCUUCCUCCGAAUAGUGCUCGCGCAAGGCUGGUAUAUCGUGGCUUACACGCUGGGAAUCUACCUACUCAACCUAUUCCUCGCCUUCCUCCAGCCAAAGUUCGACCCAUCUCUUACCCAGGACAGCGGGCUAGAGGAAGGAGAUGCUUCUGCGUCUCUCCCCACCAACCAAGAUGAGGAGUUCCGCCCGUUCAUUCGAAGACUCCCGGAGUUCAAGUUCUGGCAUUCCGCAACCGUGGCCAUCACCCUUGGCUUCUGCUGCACCUGGUCUCAGGUGUUCAACAUCCCAGUCUUCUGGCCGAUUUUGGUCGUUUACUGGUUGAUCCUGUUCUGUUUAACGAUGCGACGACAAAUACAACACAUGAUUAAAUAUCGUUAUGUUCCCUUCACCUUCGGAAAGACCAAGUAUGGCCGGACUUAA